UCAUUUUUUGAUUUCCAUGGACACGUGUUCGCCAAAUACUCUCUCUCUCUCUCUCUCUAAAUCCUCACCCUCUUCCCCCUCUGUCUCUUUCUCUCUCCACCUGCCUUUCUAGUCCCUUCUCUGCGUCUCUCUCUCUUUCUUGAGCCAUGCAUUCUCUUCCUUCCGAGAUUCUCCCUUUAUUUUUUGUAACUGUGGUUUGUUCUCUGACAUCCGGAAGUGGCUAGGGUUUCGAGGUCUGAGGCGAGUAUUUUGAGGCAUCUGGUUAGGGUUUGUUGAUCUCUUUGAAGGAUCUUGUUCCUCGUUUGUGCUUUUUAGGGUUUCUUGCUGCUGAGGUUCGUUGUGGUUAGGGUUUCUGAGGCUCUGAUCAGGUGGUUCUUAAGCUCUGUUUUGAGUUUUGGGCUUAUUGAUACUGUUGUCGGUGAAAUUUGAAGCUUGUUACUGGGGGGAUUUGAAGUUUCUGGUCUCUGGUUUGUGUUUCUUCACUGUGCCAAUAGGCUGACGAAGCCUUUGUCGAGUCUGUUAGGUCGUUACGGCAUCUGUACUUGGACUUUUUUGAUGCGAUUGCUUGAUGAAGACUAUGGAGCACGGCUAGGAUUUUCGCCGUGUCUGUCUACUUUUUUAGCCAUGGUUGGUUCAGGUCAGAAGCUAGUUCUUGUGCGCACCCAUAACGUCGGUUGAGGCGGCCUUUGUGAGAUGUCGGAUUGGGGCAUGUAUGAGCAGGUGAACAAUAUAUUUUUAACUACAGUUAAAUGUCCUAAGCUAACUGAUCUCAGAAAUCCCCAGCUUGAAGAUAUUGUUUGGGACGAGUUGAGUGAGAGUGGUGACCACAUAGUGCCUCAGCCAGGUGGAGAACAAGAGCCUUCUUCCCUUCUUCAAGGAGAUUCUCAUAGGAAGUUUUGUGAGGCAGUGAAUGUUGUUGAAAGAGUUGUUGACAGCAAGACAUCUGGAUCCCAUAAUGAUUCCAAUGGAAAGGAGGAGUAUGAUAUGCACUCAAAGGGUGGUCAACCCACGCCACUGCUGGAAACUGGGUCAUGGUCCAAUAUGGAUGCUGAUGAAUUUGCCGCUGCAUACUAUUCAGAAUGUGCAGAUAAAGCAGGCGUUGCUUCUCGGGAAAGCAAAAUUUCAGACAAUGGCUGUGAAAACAAUAAUGCAGAGCGAGCAGGCAGUGAUGUGAUGUCAGAUUUCUGUGUGGAUGGUCCUAUGCUUGGGAAUAGAGAUAGUGCAACUGAGAGUAACUUAUGUGACUUCUUAUUUAUUGAUCUUUCUCCACCAGAGAGCGAUCUUGAGAUUUUUGGAAAUGAGCAUGAUGACAAGAAUAAUAGCAACCUCAUGGAUUAUGGAUGGCCCAGUAUUGGGAACUUUGAAGAUAUUGACAGAAUGUUCAGAACAUGUGAUUCCACAUAUGGUCAAGGGAGUUCUGGUAAUGGAGAUGAACUAUUGUGGGCCCCUUCGUCUCCAUGUCCAAUUGAUUGCCCUGGAGAGGUUUCGAAAUCAGGCUUGGGGUCUCCUUCAGGUUCUAGUGCUCUGAAGCGAAAAUCAGAACAAUAUGAGGCCGGCAUGGAGUUCAUGCCUUGUGAAAAUCCUCCAUGUGAUUCUGAUAAAAAAGCCAACUCUUGCAUUCUGCAGACAUCGGAUUGGAACUCAGGGGCAGAUGGAUCUUUAAACUCUUUCGGCAUUAAUGUUAGUCAUCAAGAUGGAGAUGCUCAAAGUAAAGAAACAUCUAUGUCGAAAGAUCAGACAAGCAAGAUUAGGGGCGAGCUGCAUGAGUCUAAUGGAAGGAAAGAAGAGAAAGUAGAAUCCCAAUCUCAGGUUCAUAAAGAGAAGGGUUGUUUGAGGAACACUGAUAUGGCUAACAUGCAAAAGAAGCAAUCCAAGAACAGAAAGCAACUAGAUGGAAAAAGCAAAGAUCAAACCCUGGAACAUCCAAGCAGUAAUCCUUUAAAUGUGAAUGGGUCUGUGCAACAGUUCAUGAGCUUAAGGCCAGCUACAUCUGCUCCAUCAGCCAUGCAAGUUUUUCCUUCUCCACUCCUUUCCCAGCAAAAGCAAUACUGGGGUCCUGAUUCCUUCCGAUACCUGCAGACGAACAUUCCAUACAUGCAUGUAGGGUAUGGUUAUCCUCCGAAUCAAAUUCCAGUGAUGCCAACCAUGCCAAAUAUUAAGUCUCAUAACCAGGGUCAACCGGUCGUUGCUGGUUAUAAGUUCUCAAUAGAUUCUAAUAAUUCUCAAACCGUGAAGAGAACCAUGGAAUCUGCUGCUCGUCCUUUAUUUAUGACCCCACAAGAAAAGAUAGAAAAAUUGCGGAGACGCCAGCAAAUAAGAGCCACAUUAGCAGUUGAUAACCAAUCACAACAGCAAUUGUGUCAAAGUUCUUGUGAUCGCCCUUCAGUUCAGAAACAAUCACAAGAAACUCAGAGUUCUGAGGAGAUUGAAGUUAAAAGAGAAGUAGAAGACAAGAGCACGGAUUUUUCAGCGGUUGAGAUGGAUUCAACUACUCAUGAUCGCUCUUGUAUGAGUUCUAUGUCAUCUGAUGAAAUUUCCUUGGAAGAAACAAGUUUCCGCCAGCUUCAGGAUGUAAUGUCACAGUUGGAUCUAAAAACAAAGCUCUGCAUACGGGAUGGUUUGUACCGGCUGGCUAGGAGUGCAGUUCAGAGGCAUCAUAUCAAUGACACAAGCAGCAGCAGUAAAAAAGGACUUCCCUUUUCAGAAGAAUUUAGUACACAUGAUGAGUUGAAGUUUAGCAGGUCUGCAGGAUUAAUUGACAUGGAGACUGAAACAAAUCCCAUAGAUAGGUCUAUUGCUUUUUUACUUUUCCACAGGGCCUCGGAUCCAUUCAAAAGGUCUAAUAGUGAUACAUUGCCACUUGAGUCACACAUUUUAGUGAACCUUAGUAAGUUAUCAUUGCCACCAAACCCUGAGCUCAACCCUAUUCAGGCCACCCCUCCAUCUCCUGUUGAUAUGGAACUCAAAGAACAGAAGCUGCAUUGCAAUACCACCCAACCUCUUACCUCUGAUCAACAGGUUUGUCUAAAAGAUCCUAUCAAGACCAAAGAGGAGCAUGACCAGAUGCAUUGAUAGUAAUGUCUUAUCAGCCAUGAGGUUUGGUAAGUUUUCCAUACAAAACUUCUUUCCUCCUGGUACCUGUUUUCAAGCUGUCCAAGGAGGUCUCUGAUUUGAUGUGAUUUUCAGAGGUGCUGACUGCCUGGCAAGAAGCUAUUUAAGAUGUAAGCUUGUUGAUUCUAAUGGCACACAAAGUUGUGCAGUUUGUAUCAUAGUAUGAGAUCCAUUUUAGAGUGCCCCUAAACAUGCGCAGGAAAUUGCACUAGUGAUGGCAAAAGGUGGUGUAGGCUUUUUCCUUUUUGAGCUGUCAUUUGGCUGCAUUUUAUGUUAAACAUUGUUGUUUGUAAUUAUGUGGUGCAUCUUCUUUCGCUUUGAGCAGUAAUGUAAGCAUGAUGGAAGGAGCUUGAAACGAGCUCAUAGAAUACUCUUAAUUUUUCUAGUCCAGCUUUGGAGUUGAGACUUAUUUUCUUGAGAUUGUACCCUUAAUUGGCAUUUUAUUUAGAAAGUGUGCUUUUGAACGUU